AUGACAAGACUCUAUAUUCACCUGGUGCUUGUCGCUCGACUGUGGGCCGUGGUCACUUGUCCUUAUCAACUCUCUGAUCCUCAGCAGAAUCUUCCCCAAACUCCUGACUUUCAAUCGCCCAGACCCCCCACGUCCUUCCUGAUUCACUUUGAUCCGGAUAGCUUGGCGGCAGGAGAAUAUAGCAGCAUAGUGGUCUUUGGCGCUAGCUGGGCUGGUAAGGAACCAGUGCAAUGUACACUUGUUGUUCCAAUCAAUCAUGCUUCUUUUUUGGAUUGCCAUCAUUCCCCUACAGAUAAUGCUCACCGUCGUCCUAAAAAGUACGCCGGAACAUUAAGAGGUCCACCUUACUAUCAAGGAAGAUAUUCGGACGGGAUCAUCUGGGCGGAGUACUUAUCACGUAGUCUUCUGACUGGAGAAAAAGUCCCACUCCUUGAUUACGCGUAUGGCGGGGCAGUAGCUAACAAUAACUUGACAUACACUGACAAGCCCGAUACCAGUACACAGUUAAAUCAAUAUAUAUCUGAUGUUCGUAAUGGGUCGAUUAAUCGUGGAAAUGGUCAUGUUUUGCACUUCUGGUGGAUCGGAAUCAACCAAAGCACUCAGAUAUGGACUGAUGCUAUUAAGGCCGACUCUACUCUCAGCAUUCCCGGGGUCUUGGAUAAGGCUUUUCUCCGGGUGGACAAGGAAAUCACUGAGCUUAAACGCCAAGUCACCAAAGCCAGGCAAGAUCUCGCUGUGAACAAAAUUCCUUGUGACUUCUUUAUCAUACCUAUUGCACCACUGGAGACGGUCCUCACAUUUAAAUCUCAGGCUUCUGACCUGGCAAAAAAAUCCGCCACCCUCGCCGGGAAGUACGUUCAGCUGAUCGGUAAGCUGAGCCACAGAUACAACCAGGGCAUAUCGCGUAUUGUUACCGAAAUGCAAUCUAGUACCGACAACCCAACACCUUCAGGCUGGGUCAGAACAUAUGACUUUGAAAGCUUUUGGAGGGAUGUCAUUGCUGAUCCGAGACAGACUCUUUCCCACUAUGCUUGUUCAGCACAAUCUUUUAACCAUGAAAAUUGCUCCCAGGAUUCACUUCAUCCUACCACAGCAAUGCACAAAGUCAUCGCAGAAAGUAUACUUUCCGCCAUCAAAGAUUGA